AUUAAAUAAUGAUUCUAUGAUUUUCAUGACAUUUCAAUAAGUAUUCAAAUAAGAAUUAUUUUGUAGUUUAAAAAAGUAACAAAUUAUAGCCUAUUUCAGUUUUCCGGCUUUCAGUUGAGUUUCUCUGAAAGGGAAAAGAUAUAAUGGAUCUAUUACAGCAAUAUCUCAAUAACAUUAGAAUUCCUAAAUCUGGCGACAAAGUUUAUAAGGACGAAUGUGUUUAUUCAUUCGAUAAUCCGGAAAGCGAUACCGGUCUCUAUGUGAGCCUAUUUUCCUUCAUUGGUUUGGGGCGCGAAUAUCUUGAAAAAUAUUAUAAUAAGACUGGAGAUGCAGUGUUUCUACAUAUAAGAAGAGAAAAGAGUGAAGUAUGCUGUCAACAGCAAGGCGAUGGUCCAGAGAAAAAGAUUACUCGUUUAGCAAUUGGAGUUGAAGGAGGCUUUUCUGCCGACCCUGGAAAAAAGUAUGAGUACACAGAUCAUUGUAGUAUUGUUAUAUUACCAUCAUAUACAACAAUUGCCUGGCCCAAUGCAGAUCUUCCAGAAAUUGUUAAACAGUCAGUUGAAGCUAUUUUUGAAUUGCCAUCUGCAAAUAAGUUGGCAGAACUAGAAUCUCUGAAAGGAACUUGGGAUGGAGAAGCUAGAAUUAUAUCAAAGCAUGCACAAAAUCUCCAACAACUAGCUAAUGGGAAAAAAAUUCCUCCUUCUGGGUGGAAAUGUGAACAGUGCGACAAGACAGACAAUCUUUGGCUCAAUCUAACUGAUGGAUCUAUUCUAUGUGGAAGAAGGUUCUACGAUGGUUCUGGUGGAAAUAACCAUGCAGUGGAGCAUUACAGUACAACAGGUUAUCCGUUGGCUGUCAAAUUAGGGACCAUUACCAAAGAAGGGAAGGGUGACGUUUUUAGUUAUAGUGAAGAUGAUAUGGUAGAAGACCCCCUGCUUGUUCAACAUCUUGCUCAUUGGGGCAUAAAUAUUGCCAACAUGGAGAAAACUGAGAAAUCGAUGGUCGAACUUGAGCUUGAACUCAAUCAGAAAACCAACGAAUGGUCGGCUCUAACAGAGAAAGAUGGCAAGUUGAAACCUUUAUAUGGACCCGGUUAUACGGGAAUGGUAAAUAUGGGUAACAGCUGCUAUUUAAACAGCAUUAUGCAAGUUCUCUUCUCGAUCCCCGAUUUUGCCAAAACCUAUUAUGAAGAAAGGGAAAAUCUUCUGAACCAGUUUCAUGGGGACCCCGCUGAAGAUUUCAAUAUACAGAUGGCAAAAAUUGGACAUGGUCUGUUGUCCGGAAAAUACUCUGUUCCUCCAGUUCAGGAUUCCACCGAAGAUGCAAAUCCUGAGGGUAUUUGCCCCUCGAUGUUCAAAAAUUUGGUUGGUAAAGGCCACCCCGAGUUCUCCACCAAAAAACAGCAAGACGUCCAAGAAUUUUUGCUCCAUUUACUGACCAUUCUGGAGCGUAACACCAAAAAUAUGGACAAUCCGGGAGAGUGUUUCAAGUUUCAGAUCGAGGAAAGGUACCAAUGUAGCGAUUCCAAAAAGGUCAAAUAUUUAACAAGAUCAGACGUUAUCUUACCCCUCAUGAUACCCAUGGACGCGGCAACGAAUAAAGAAGAGGUAGCGUCGUACGAGGCGAGAAAGGCGGAAUUGGAGGCUCAGGGUAAACACGUUGAUCCCAACCUGCUGGUUAGGCCGAAGAUCAAGUUUUUCUCUUGUCUGGAAGUGUUUUCCCAAUCUGAGGUGAUCAACAAUUUUUACAGUACCGCUGCUGGUAAAGUUGUGACGGCUAGGAAGACCACGAGAUUGGCUUCGUUCCCGGACUAUUUGGUCAUUCAGUUGAAGAAAUUCAUGCUGAGGGAAGAUUGGGUCCCCAUAAAACUGGACGUUUCUAUCGAGAUGCCCGACGAGAUCGAUUUUGCGGCCUUGAGGGGUAACGGUCUUCAGGACGACGAGGAACUGUUACCCGAACCAGACAACCCACCACCGAUGCCUCCGAUGGACCAGGAAGUCCUCAAACAGCUCACAGAUAUGGGCUUCCCUCCGGAGUCCUGCAAGAGGGCCGUGUUCAACACGCAUAAUUCGGGUCUGGAGGCUGCGACCGCCUGGAUCAUGGAGCACAUCGCCGACUCUGAUUUCGCCGAUCCUUUUGUGCCGCCAGGUACCGAGAGUGCCAAGUUCAACGCUAACCCCGAAUCUCUGUCGAUCAUAAUGUCGAUGGGUUUUUCCGAAGAUCACGCUUUGAAAGCCUUGAAGGCGACGGAUAACAACGUGGAGAGGGCGAUGGAUUGGAUAUUUUCCCAUCAGAGCGAACUGGAGGGCAGCAGUGCACCGUCUCAGCCCGAAUUCAAGGAUGGAAAUUCCAAAUACAAGCUUGUUGCGUUUAUCUCGCACAUGGGAACUUCCACAAUGGUUGGACAUUAUGUUGUUCACAUACUGAAAGAUGGCUGCUGGGUCAUUUUCAACGAUGAGAAAGUGGCAUUGUCAGAGAAUCCACCGAAAGAUCUAGGAUACAUGUAUUUCUACAAAAGGAUAUGAUGAUAAUAGAUAUUGAUUAUUUGCGAUUGUUUCAUGAUUGAUGAUGAAUAAUUGAAUGUGAAUAAAAAAUUCUUAUAGAA